UACAAAGCAUGCCACAGCUAUCCUCACACACAUGAAUCCGGGGAUGGAAGUUACUCUACAAAUUUGCUUCCUGCUAAAAUGAGGAUUUUAACAUGAAAGGACAGAUUAACUGUUGUGAGAACCUCAGGAUAACAUCUAUACAACCCGGUGGCAUCAAUCUUCCUAAAAUUGUUUGAAGUCUUGCAAAAAAGGAAGAGAAAAAAACUCAGUCUGCAGAAGAGAUUGUGCAACGCCAUUUCUUCUUUUUUUCCCCACUUCCUUCCAGGUCCUAGUUUCUUUUUCAAUUGUUAUAAUUUAAUGGAUAGUUUUGCUUCAAUUUGAUCUAGAUGCCGUCCACUGUCAGUAGCACUGUUGUUCAAAAGACUGGCUCUGAACCAAUUCCCUGUCAGCAUGCUGCCACAACUACAGAAACAGGUGCUGGAACAGGAGGGAUCUAUUCUGCUAUCCUCAGCCGCAACCAGCCGAUCACUGAAGUCAAGGAGAAAACCUUUCAUGAGCUUCAUAAGAAGUGCAUUGAGAAGAAGAUUCUUUAUGAGGAUCCAGAUUUUCCAGCUAAUGACAGCUCCCUUUUCUUCAGUCAAAGGCUUCCAGUCAAAUUUGAGUGGAAAAGACCAUCAGAAAUCUGUGAGAAUCCACGUUUUAUCCUUGGUGGAGCUAAUAGGUCUGACAUUUGUCAAGGAGAACUAGGGGAUUGUUGGUUUCUGGCUGCCAUUGCUUGUCUGACCCUGAAUGAAAAAUUGUUGUUUCGGGUCAUUCCAGAAGGUCAGACCUUCACAAAAGAUUAUGCUGGGAUUUUUCACUUCCAGUUCUGGCGUUAUGGAAGUUGGGUGGAAGUUAUUAUCGAUGACCGUUUACCAACAUAUGGAAAACGUCUGGUCUUCACUAAAUCCUCCCAGCAGAAUGAAUUCUGGAGUGCAUUACUGGAAAAAGCUUAUGCAAAGCUUCAUGGUUCCUAUGAAGCAUUAAAAGGAGGCAACACCACAGAGGCCAUGGAGGAUUUCACAGGAGGAGUGACCGAAUUUUAUGAGAUAAAGGAUGCUCCUAAAGAUACAUACAAAAUCAUGAAGCAUGCCAUUGAGAGAGGGUCACUUAUGGCUUGCUCCAUUGAGGACAGUUCAGGAUUUAUUUAUGGAAGUGCCCCUACAACUGAUAUUGGACAAUUCAUUGCCCAAAAGUUGCAGAAAGUGGACUUUGAAUUUUUGAAUGAGUCAAUUGAAGAAACAGAAGACAGAACAAUCCGGACCAUCAUUCCAUUGUUGUAUGAAAGGCGCAUGACUAAUGGACUGGUCACAGGCCAUGCAUAUUCAGUCACAGGAGUAGAAGACACAACACUUAAACGGGAGAAGAUAAAACUGGUGCGGCUCAGAAAUCCCUGGGGACAAGUAGAAUGGAAUGGAGCUUGGAGUGAUAGCUCAGAUGAAUGGAAUAACAUUGACAAUGCCGAGAAGGUCCGCUUGCAACAUAAAAUUGCAGAGGAUGGAGAGUUUUGGAUAUCAUUUCAAGAUUUUCUGAGAUAUUUCACAAAAUUGGAGAUUUGUAAUCUCACCCCUGAUACCCUUGAGGCUGAUAAGCUUCACACAUGGACAGUUUCCGUCACGGAAGGACAAUGGGUGCGAGGCAGCACUGCAGGUGGUUGUCGUAACUAUCCAGACACUUUUUGGACCAAUCCCCAAUAUCGUUUGAAACUCCUGGAAGAAGAUGAUGAUCCAGAAGAUACUGAGGUGAUAUGCAGCUUCCUGGUGGCACUGAUGCAGAAAAACAGGAGAAAAGAGCGCAGACUAGGAGCCAAUCUCCUCACAAUUGGUUUUGCCAUCUAUGAGGUGCCAAAAGAGAUGCAGGGUGACAAGAAACACUUACAGAAGGAUUUUUUCCUUUACAAUGCCUCCAAAGUAAAAUGCAAGUCUUACAUAAACAUGCGAGAAAUCGCAGAACGCUUCCGUCUACCACCGAAUGAGUAUGUCAUCAUCCCAUCCACCUAUGAACCCCACCAAGAAGGAGAAUUUAUCCUGAGAGUUUUCUCAGAAAAAAGAAGUCUUUCAGAGGAAGUUGAAAACAAGAUUGAAGCAGGAAAUAUCUCGCCAAUCAUCUUUGUCUCAGACAGAGCAAACAAGAUCAAAAAUCUGAAAGGUGGCGAGGGGCCAAGAAAGGACAAGGAAAAAACAAGUCCAGAUAAACAAAAGAAGAACACAGAGCCUGCAGAAAGGGAUACAGAGAAUGAACAAGAUAAUCAGUUCAGAAAUAUUUUCCGACAAAUUGCUGGGGAUGACAUGGAGAUCAGUGCUGAUGAACUAAGGAAUGUCCUCAACAAUGUUCUGAAAAAACAUAAAGACUUGAAAACAGAAGGUUUUGCCUUAGAAUCCUGCCGCAGCAUGAUUGCCUUAAUGGAUACAGAUGGUUCCGGGAAAAUAAAUCUUGAUGAAUUUCGCCAUCUUUGGACUAAAAUUAAAAGCUGGCAGAAAAUUUUCAAGCGUUAUGAUACCGAUAAUUCAGGAACCAUUAGCAGCUAUGAGAUGCGUAAUGCGGUUAAAGAUGCAGGGUUUCAACUGAAUAACCAAUUAUAUGAUAUAAUUAAUAUGCGCUACGCUAACAAGAAUAUGAAUAUUGAUUUUGACAGUUUUAUCUGUUGUUUUGUGCGACUGGAAGGAAUGUUCCGUGCAUUCCAAGCCUUUGAUAAAGAUGGAGAUGGCAUUAUUAAACUGAACGUCUUAGAGUGGCUACAGCUCACCAUGUAUGCCUGAUUAUCACUCAUUUUGCACCUUCUUUUGGAUUAUUGACUUAAUCAGCCAAAAUUCAAGUUACAAGAUACUGAUCUCUUGCACAUCUCCCUCUUAAAAAUUACAUGGAAAGGAAGUGUAAAUUCAGCAGAUUUGUCCAAGGAAACAUCUUAUGGAGAAGUAACAAAAGCAAUGAAGCAUGUUGUACACAAGAAGGGAAUCUGCUCUCCUGAUGGCAUCAACUCUAGAUGCAUGAGCUUUGUUGCAAAUCAAAAUUAUUGUUCUUAUUUUGAAACAGCACCUCUUCUUACCAACUGAGAUAUUUAGCGGGCAGCAGAACAAUUUAUUCAUAUUAAACACUACAAAUUGCCAAAAUGCGGUUCAUUUGAUUGUAAUUCAACUUAUUUGAAAAUAACGACUUAAAAUAUUUAACUAUCUAAAUUAUUUUCAUAUAAUUUUGUUAUAUGUUUAAUUAAUCAUUAUUCCUGUAGCCAAAGCUUCCUACAAUUAGGCCCGGCAACAGAAUAUAUCUAUGUACACAAAUGAAGUAUUAAAAAGGAUGUAUCAAAUGACAAGAUAGAUGGCUAAAUAUUGUGGCUGAACUAUAGGUAGUCCUUGACCAUUCAUUUAUAGCAACCACUUGAAGUACGACAGCACUGGGAAAAAAAGUGACUUUCAACAGGCCUAGCACUUAAGACUAUUGCACCACCACCCAAAAUCAUGUUUUCACAAUUUGGGUGCUUGGCAACUGGCAUCUAUUUACAAUGGUUGCAGUGUCCUGGAGUCAUGUGAUCGCUGUUUGCGGCCUUCCCAGCCAGCUUCUAAGAAGCUAAGUCAAUAGGAAGCUGGGUUCGCUUAACAACCAUGUGAUUCACUUAGCUACAGUGACUAGCUCAACAACUGUGCACAGUGGUCAUAAAAUCAGGUGCGACUCACUUAACACCAUCUCACUUAGCAAUAGAAAUUCUAGUCCCAAUUACGGUUGUUAAGUCGAGGGGCUACCUGCAAUUAAUUUUGUUCCUAGGCUGCAGGGAAAACAUUUUAGCUAAAUUAUAAGUUUGUUCUGGCUGCAACAAACUGACAUAUUCAGCAAGUCUGGGUUCUCUUACGGUAGAACUUUUAUAGAAAUCUGUAUUGACAUAUAAACAAGACUUCUUUUAUAAGACAUUUUGCACAUAGGAUUAACUGUGAUCUAGUGCUAUGACUACAUUUGUUUAGAAACUGUAUUCCUUAUGCCAUUUUUAAAAAUGCCAUGCAAGCAAUGGUUCCAUUGCUGGGGAUAAUAUGGCAAAAGUUGCAUAAUAAAUAAAUGAGACCUCUUUCACUGGAUCUGCUGUGUUAAAAUUACAAAACAAAAUAAAAAAAAAACCCUGUGAAAAAGUG